AUGGCCAAGCCCUUCCGUCCAGCCGAAGCAGUGGCUCACUGCCUGCUAGCACCAGCUCCAGCACGUAUCCUGAUUGUCACAAAUUCCGAACCCUUUUCAACAGCCCGGCCCUGCUUCCUGCAGUACCAACACGUGCUGCAACUCCAAUCCAACUCACAACGCCCACACCCGCAAGGCACCACAGACCGGCCACCUCUCCUCCAAAGCCUAUGCCUCACCUCUGAGCUACAAACACAGCUUCUCAUGUGCUUGCUUCCAACAGCCUCCUCCACACACCAGCUAACCACAACGCAACCUCACUGUGGAGCUGCGAAGACCUGCCGCGCAACCCAAACAACAAGGUGGCUGGAAAGCGAAGAUAUUCCACUUCCCUCGCCCAAUGCGUGCCACUCACCAGCUAAAAUCCUAAAAGCGGAACACCAGUUCACAGGCCUACACACCCGCAAAUCAACAAGUCAGCAACGGAAAACAAACCAACCUCCGACUCCCACUCGCCGCUUAGCAUGCCUACGCCCUUCCGUCCAGCCGAACCAGCAAAUCACUGCCCACCAACACCAGCUCCAGCACGUAUCCUGA